UUUUAUUUGUUUACAGGUUUUGUUUGUUAUUUUUUAUAGAAACAGUUACAAACUUUCACUUCUUCUGAUGGCCGUUUUAACAUUUAACAUUAAUUGAAAUUCACGUGUGCGACUAUCUAUCGACCAGCAAACGAGUUUUAUGUAGGAAUGUGUUACACCUUAUUCGUUUAAAGCAGACACAAGUUAUAGUCUGCUGUCAUCUGCUUGCAUAUUUUGAAAUUCCAAAGCGAUUAUUCAUUUGUAGUGUACCUGCUAUAUAAUGGCCCUAUAAAAACGUUACGAUGCCCGAUACAGUAGAAUCCAAUUUGUCCAAAGUCCUCAAUGGUUUACCGUUGGACGGGGAAGAAGCUGAAAUAUGUGAUUUUUCAUUGGAAGAACAAAAUGAGGCGCUGGAGUCUCAGGGAAUUCAACCCACUGUCGAUCCGAAAUAUAAACCUGUCGUUGGGGAGACUGUGACAUACAUUGUAGCUUGUGUGAUUUUGAACGAACAAGGGGAUGUUUUGAUGAUGCAGGAAGCUAAGAAAACUUGUGCAGGAAAAUGGUACUUACCUGCAGGCCGAAUGGAAAAAGGCGAAACAAUCGUAGAGGCAUGCAAAAGAGAAGUUCUAGAAGAAACAGGCUUAGAAAUUGAAUGUACAACUAUUUUGAUGGUUGAGAGUGCUGGUGGUGUAUGGUUGAGAUUUGUUAUGACUGGUAAAGUAUUGGGAGGUACUCUAAAAACACCAGCUCAGGCCGAUCAGGAAUCUCUUCAGGCCAAAUGGGUGUCGAAUCUUGAAGAACUAUCAUUAAGAGCCACAGAUAUUUUGGAACUAAUUGAAAAAGCCAGAUCCUAUUCUCAUGCACGCAAAAUAAAAGAUCGAACAUGGCACCCGGACCAAUUACCUUGCCUGAGACCUUACUCCGAUCUUCUACUACGUUUGGUGAUAGUAAUAAAAAAGAAAGCAACCAACAGAGUGCAUAUUCUGUUGAGUGAACGCACCUCUUGGCAUUUACCGGUGUGCCAAUUGAACCCGGGAAAAAGCUUCCAUUCGACUUUGAGGAAAUUUAUGGUCGAUCUGUUUGGCGCCGAGGUACCCACUCACAGACCUCACGGAUUGUUAUUAGUUGAGCACGAUCCAAGGGACAGCAAGGACGGUAUCUGCCUGACACUAUUAGUUCCAUUUAGGUCUCCUUUGGAAGAAGUGCCGAUAAUAGGCAAAUGCGUUUGGCACGAAGUCUCCAAAGAGUUAGGAGAUAAAUUACUACAACGAGUGGUCUAUCGUAAUAGCACACUCCAGUUCCACGUUGUCAAGUGAAUAAGGAUUUUAAAUUUGUUGUUGAUUUUUACAUAAAUUUUAUUAUACAUGUGAAGUUUGUAAAGAAACACUUAUUCAAUGUAAACAGAAUUUAUUUUUUCUAAAAUUUAAUCUGUAUGCAAAUAACAUUUUAGGACACAUUGUUCUGAUACUAUGCCAUGCCACACCGAACUUAUAGUUGGAAUUUUACCCAUUUGUAAUGAUUUCAUUUUUAUUUAUCUUUGGUACAUUUUAAACAGCACUGACAACAAUUUUUUGAAAAAAGUGGGGGUCUGAGCAUUGUAAUAUUGUCAAUAUGGGUUACAACAGCAUACCUUUUUACUCACCUGGAUGACUACAAAUAGGUAUAAUUUCAACUAAUUUCUAUCUCAUCUGAUCCCAAAGUAAAACGUUAGUUCAUCAUUAUGGUGUUGGCAGACAUUAUCAACCAGCUCUUAAGAAAUGUUGCCUUGAAAGAGAUGCUCAUCAAAUUUGAAGAGUGAAAACUUCUAUAGAAAAUGGAAGAAAGAGAAGAAAGCAAUUGUGGCUCUUAGACGGAAAACAACAGCUAACAGAAAACUAUAUAAUAUAGAUCUGUAGUGUGGCAUGGAAUACUUAAUUGCAGAAUAGCAACAUAUGGUGUCAUUCUUCGAAAGUCCACUGAGGUUGGUUCACAUGGCACAGAAUCAAUAUAAUGUGACCUGAAGAUGUACAUUCUUGUAAUAAAAAAAAAAAACAUACUUAUCCAAAAUAAUCAAAAAUUGUAUAAACUUAAACAUAAUAAAUACUUCAUAAUUUAUAUACAACCAGUCUCUUACUUUCUAUUUAACCAUUUAUAAAAUCGUAUAAAAAUAAUUAAUUAUUAUAGUCUAUGGCAAAUAUUAUGAAUACUGAAAGGAACACAGUUUUUUUUUUAACUUAACUUUGAAGCAAAAUGCCACUUCAGUAUUCAACAAAAUCAUUAAAUAUGUACAAAUGUGUUUGAUGAUUAUGUAUAUGAAAACGAUUCUAUAUCAAAAACUAAUAGUCUAGGAGGUAGUGACGAUUUUCGGUACUUAUUUUCCUAGUCAGAAAACAUGUAUAUAAUUUUAGGGUUAGUAAUUCAUAUAUUUUUAGGGGGGGUUUUCCGAUGGGUUGAGGCGCAAAGUGCUUUAGAACUUACGAAUGCACGACCCUUUUUUUCCAGUGAUAAAAAUAGCUUGACUAAUAAAAGGUAGGUAUACUGAAGUUACGUAAAAAAAUAGUCCGGCUAAUCUGUGAUUAUAGAUAAAACGUCUGGCAAGUGAAAAAUUGAAGAUCCAAACAUUUUCAGCCAGACUCACUUUCCACUCUCUGAAAUAAGCCAAAUUGCUAUUUUCAUAAUACUUUAUGAUCUAUUGUAGUAAAUGUGAAGUAUUUAUGUCUGGGAAAAUAAAAUUGAUCUUGUGAACUUAUCCGAAAAUCCUAGCCAAACUCAAAAAUGCUUGUUUUGUAUCACCAAAAGAACAAACUUACUUAUUAUAUACACCAACUAGGAAAAUAAGUGCUACAAAAUGUCACUCUCUCCUGGACUAUAAGUAGCAAACAAUUUCAAUUGCAAUUUAUACCUAUCAACUUCUUCCUGUUUACUUUUCAAUUUCAUCUUGUACUCUGCUAUAGUUUGAUAAGCUUUAUUUAAUUUUUCAUGUAGUAUUUGUACUUCGGUUUUUGGUUUGAUAGGUUUCUGGUUCUACAAUUUCAAAAAUUUACCAUCAUGAAAAUUCCUGUAAAAUUAUAAAUUACUUUUAUCAUGUUACUGAACGGAGUCACUCGAGUUUUUCUCAAUAUUCCUGGUUGUCGAUUGAAAUUCAACUGACGGGGCUGAGUAUUUUUUUUCCGUAGAUUACCAUUACUGAGUGCUAAAAACUGUUCAGGAGUUACAGUUAUAAUUUUGUUUGUUCUGUCUAUAGGUGCAUGUUCUUGUUUUUGUUUGACAGUUUUGAAUACUUGUUUUCCAACUUCUGAAAAAAUAUUACAGUAAAAAAUGGUAUGAAAAAACUACAUUAUCCUUACCUGUCAAUACAAAAGAGUGUCCACUUUCCAUUGCUGCACUCAAUAUAUUGUUUUCUUCAUUGUCAUUUUGUAACAUAGUUAUUCCGUGUUCUUGUAAUAAUUGUAUUGCAGAAAGUCUAUUGUCAGAUUCUUCUUCGGAUGGUUGGAUUACUCCAUUGACUAUUUUCAAGUUUGUGAACUUAUUACCUUAAAAAAAAACAAGGCAUCAAAAAAACAGGGGUAAGCAAGAAAAAUCCACUCACUUUUUCCAGUUAUCACUGGCAGUUUUUCAUCAUUUUCAUUAUCUAGAUCUAUUAUCACUGGAUCUAGAAAAAGGGAAAACUAGUUCAUAUAUCAUUUAUUUAAAAAAAAAAAAAUCUACUUACCUUUAUUUUGGAUAUCUUGGCUGUAUUCGUCUGCAGUAUCACAUAAAUUUACGAUCAUUGGUUCUAAAAAAAAAAAAAUACAACAUUAAAUUAUGUUGAUUUUUAAGGAAAUAUUUGACUAAAAUGUGAAGUUGAGAAAAAUAUCUGUUUUUACCCCUUAAGAAACACUCUUUUUUUUAAUUUAUUCUCAAAAACCUCACUCAACCAUUUCUCAAAAGAAUCUUCAAUGUUUUGAUCUGAAGUUGGAUUUUCAACACUCGGAGAAUUAAGAAAAUAAGAGCAAUAAUUCCUCAAUAUAAUCUAUGGUUCAAUCAGAAACAAAAUAAGAAAAGGUUUCAACUUAUUUGAAAUGAUGAUCUGACAAUUCAAAACUCUAUCCAUUUGUUGUCUGAGAAUUAGAACUGUGAGCAGUUGUAUUAUUGAAAAAAUCAUUGUCAAAAUAUCUGGUAGUACCAUCCCUAUCUUCAGUUUGUUAGUUUCUUUCUUUGUUUGUCAUUAGUUUUUGUAAAAUCUAGAGCAGCACAUUUUAGCUCCAUUCUCU